AUGCCGGGAAAUUCAGAGCGAGAGACCAUGACGGAGUCCUCUCCGGAAGGGCGAGACGCCUGUGGGGUUGAACUGCGGAAGGUGGACACGGCCGAGGAAGGAAAUGGCGAGCUCGACACGAGGAAGAGACGCAAAUUCCAGAGUGGAUUCCUUCAGACAGGCUCCGCCGCCGACAGAACCGGUCUUGAGCAGGUUUUGGCAGCCAGUCAGACCAGAAGCCGUAGCGAAGCGAACAACGGAGAAGGAAAGGGACGCGACACAAGGAAAGAGGAGCGUGGACAUCUCGCUCAUUCAGGGGCAACGGGUCCUUCGUCGGUUUCGCCGCCAGGUGUGUCAGCAGACAGCCCGGCUCUCGCUCCGUUCGUCCCUUGCACUUCUUUGCGCAGUUCAUCGAAUGGUUCUUCGCCGGCCGCCUGUUUCUCGGAUCCUGCGUUUCCCGCUCUUCCUCCUUCCACUCUGUCUUCGUCACCUGCGUCCGUCUCUUCGUCACCUGCGUCCGCCUCUUCGUCGCCGGCGUCCGCCUCUUCGUCGCCGGCGUCCGCCUCUUCGUCGCCGGCAUCCGUCUCUUCGUCGCCUUCAUCGCCUCCGGGACGCCUCUCUGCGUCAGAGUCUCAUCCUCUGCCUGCGGUUUGCCCUUCAUCUCGCUCGUCCCUCUCUCGCUCGCCAUCUGCCUGUGCUGUGUCCGGGUCCUCUCCCUCUGGCGCCCGAGCCGGCGCGGCUGACUCGCUGCAACCUGCAGAAGGCGAUGGGCUCGCUGUCUUGGAGCCUCGCGGUUUUUCAGAUCGUUACCGCGGCAAGUGGAUCCUGGCGCCGAUGGUGCGCAUUGGCAUCCUCCCUUUCCGCCUCGAAUGCCUCAAAUACGGAGCAGACCUGGUAUACACCGAAGAGACCAUUGACCAUAAGCUCCUCAACUCCGUUCGGAAGAUAAACGAGGACUUCUCCACGAUAGACUUUGUCCACAAAGGGGAGAAGACGUGCGUUUUCUCAACCUGCCUUGAGGAGAGAGGCAAAGUGGUGAUGCAACUCGGGACCUCGGACGCCACCCGAGCUCUCAGAGCUGCCGCACUGGUCGCGCAGGACGUGGCUGCAAUCGACGUCAACAUGGGCUGCCCGAAGAGCUUCUCAAUAAACGGCGGCAUGGGGGCUGCUCUGCUGAAGACCCCCCUGAUCGCAACCGACAUUUUAAAGACGCUUCGGCGAAACCUGGACAUCCCUGUGACGUGCAAAAUUCGGCUGCUUGAUACGAUUCACAAGACCAUCGACUUCGCGCGAAUGUGCGAGAAUUGUGGCGUUGAAGCCAUUGCGAUUCAUGCACGGGAGACUCAUGAGCGACCAUCACACCGCGCACACUGGGACAUCUUUCCGGCUCUCAAGUCCUCGCUGUCUAUCCCUGUGAUUGCAAACGGCGAUUUUCUCACACAUAGAGAUGUCGAUGUGUUUCAGGAGAAGAUCGGAGCGGACAGCAUCAUGUUUGCGCGAGGAGCAAUGUGGGACCCUAGCAUCUUUUCGUGGAAGAAAGUGGAGUCAGGGGACGCGACCGCGGACCUUCUUUCUGGGCCCCCAACUGCGCCAGCCUGCGGAGCCGAGACACUGUCGCUUUCUUCCACAUCGGACUUGCCACUGGUUCAAAUGGCGGAACCGCGUCAGCCUGCUUCGUCUCCUUCCAGCGAGUUGAGCCGAGUCAAGGUCAUGAGGAGCUAUAUCAAGCGAGCGGUGGUUUGCGGGGCGCCUUACCAGGCCAUCAAGUUCUGUCUUCAGAACAUGGCAGCUCAGAGCAGCAGCGACCGACAGGUGAACCAGGCUAUCACCUCGAGCAAGUCCACGCGGGAGCUAUGCAAGGCACUCGACCUGGAUCUUUUCUACGAGACCUUGGCGCCCAAGUUGCCGCCCCACGCAAACACUUUGAACUACCAUAAAAUGCGGAGCCUGCCUGAGGUCGCGUCGCCCGAGGAGCUCGACAGGCCUCUCACUUUCUCGUCUUUUCUCGCGUGA